CGUGCCGUGCCGUGCCGGUGGGACCAUGCCGUCCUACACCGUCACCGUGGCUACGGGCAGCCAGUGGUUCGCGGGCACCGACGACUAUGUGUACCUGAGCCUGGAGGGCACUGCGGGCUGCAGCGAGAGGCACCUCCUGGACAAACCCUUCUACAACGACUUCGAGCGCGGCGCGGUUGACUCCUAUGACGUGACGGUGGAAGAAGACCUUGGAGAAAUUCAGCUAAUAAAAAUUGAGAAACGAAAAUAUUGGUACCAAGAUGACUGGUACCUUAAGCACGUCACUGUCAAAACACCACUGGGCGAUUAUCUGGAAUUCCCAUGUUACCGUUGGAUUACAGAUGAGAAAGAAGUUGUCCUUCGAGAUGGAAGAGCAAAGCUCCCCCGGGAUGACAAGACCCAGAUACUCAAGCAGCACAGACGCAAAGAGCUUGAGGAUCGUCAGAAAAUGUACCGCUGGAAGGAGUGGCAUCCUGGCUUUCCAUUGAGCAUUGAUGCCCAUUGUCACAGCGAGCUGCCCCGUGACAUCCAGUUUGACAACGAGAAAGGAAUCGACUUCAUUCUGAACUACUCCAAAGCGAUGGAGAAUCUCUAUAUCAACCGUUUUAUGCACAUGUUCCAGUCUUCCUGGAGUGACUUUGCAGAUUUUGAGAAGAUCUUUGUGAGAAUCAGUAACACAAUCUCUGAAUAUGUGAUGCAGCACUGGAAAGAAGAUUUUAUGUUUGGCUACCAGUUCCUGAAUGGCUGCAAUCCUGUGCUGAUACGGCGAUGCACAGAGAUUCCCAAGAAAUUGCCAGUGACCAGUGAUAUGGUAGAAUGCAGCCUGGAGAGGAACUUGACCCUGGAGGAAGAAGUGAAGCAAGGAAACAUUUUCAUUGUGGACUAUGAACUGCUGGAUGGCGUGGAUGCCAAUAAGACAGACCCAUGUACAAUACAGUACUUGGCUGCACCCAUCUGUUUGCUGUACAAGAAUCUGGAGAAUAAAAUAGUACCCAUUGCAAUCCAGCUUGGUCAAAAGCCUGGGCCAGAAAAUCCCAUUUUCCUUCCUUCAGAUGCCACCUAUGACUGGCUGCUGGCCAAAAUUUGGGUUCGCUCAUCUGAUUUCCACAUCCACCAGACAGUGACCCAUCUCUUACGGACACACCUUGUCUCAGAGGUGUUCAGCAUUGCCAUGUUCCGGCAGCUGCCUGCUGUACAUCCCCUCUUCAAGCUGUUGGUGCCACACAUGCGAUUCACAAUAGCCAUCAACACCAAAGCUCGAGAACAGCUCAUCUGUGAAUGUGGCCUUUUUGACAAGGCAAAUGCCACAGGUGGAGGAGGACACGUGCAAAUGGUUCUGAAAGCAAUGAAGGAUCUGACUUACAGCUCACUCUGCUUCCCUGAAGAUAUCAAAGCUAAGGGGAUGGACAGCAAAGAGGAUAUCCCCUACUACUAUUACCGAGAUGAUGGCAUUAGAGUUUGGGAGGCAAUAAAGAGUUUUGCAGAGGAUGUGAUUCAAAUCUACUACGAGAGCGAUGAGGUGGUGUGUGAGGAUGUGGAACUCCAGGCCUUUGUCAAAGACAUUUACAUGUAUGGGAUGAGGGGCGUGAAGGCCUCAGGGUUUCCUAAGGUGAUCAAGACACGGGAGAAACUAGCAGAAUAUCUCACAGUGAUAAUAUUCACCACAUCAGCCCAGCACGCAGCUGUGAAUUUUGGCCAGUAUGACUGGUGCUCCUGGAUUCCCAAUGCCCCACCGACAAUGCGCUGCCCUCCUCCAAUAGAAAAGGGGACAGUCACCAUCGAGCAGAUUGUGGAGAGUCUGCCAGACAGAGGGCGUUCUUGUUGGCAUCUGGGAGCUGUCUGGGCCUUGAGUCAGUUCCAGGACAAUGAACUGUUUCUGGGCGUGUAUCCGGAUGAACAUUUUGUGGAGAAGCCGGUGAAAGAGGCGAUGGCAAAAUUCCGCAAGAAUCUGGAUGGGAUCGUCAGCGCCAUCACUGAGCGCAACAAGAACAAAAAGCUCCCUUACUACUACCUGUCCCCAAAUCGCAUUCCCAACAGUGUUGCUGUUUGAGCAGCAAGGAGAGCUCAGCAGAGUAUAAACCCAGUGCAUGUUUUCCUGUUACAUAUGGUUCACAUUAGAGACCUUUCAGAAAUUUGUAAAAUAACAAACGCCCUCUCCAUCGGAGCUGACCCAUACUCUAUUUUGGCUUUCAAAGCAAAUUUAACUAUGGCAAAUCUUGCACACAGUUUAGCUGGCGACUCCUUAGGUCAAAUUUUUUACAAGCUUAUAUCACCAAGAUUUUUAUACUACUCUUGGAAUCAAUACCUGCAUUAGUGUUAGCUUUCCCUUUCCCAAUCAAAACAAAGAAAUCACAGAAAUUACACUGCUUUCAAGCUGAGUACUGCCACGCUGUGUGUGAGAAUUGGACAUAGCAGUGAAAAGGUACUGAAUGAAGAUGGGUGUCUUCACAUUCCUCAUUUCGCUCAUCUGAUUCAAUGAAAAUAGUAUCAGGAGCAAUAAACAGGUCUUUUAAAUCCUUCCUAUUUUUAAUAGAUGAUGCUCAUGACUUGAAUUCAUAGUCUUUCAAGUUUGUGUGUUGUUCAUAAACUGAUUUAAAAACUUACAUUACAUAUUUUCACUACAACUUUGAAUGCCCCAGUCAGGAUGAAGGUAAAAGCAGAGCAUUUUUGUAACACAGACAAGAGUUUUUAUCACCUUCUUGUAGCGAAGUCACUUUUCUCAUCUAAAAUGAGAAAAUCUGGUUUAUAGGAAAUGAAUUAUUUUAUCUAUAUGUACCUAUAUAUUUUCUACAUAAAACUAGUAAGGUUUGUUUCAGCAUCUGCCAGAAGAGUUCUCUGUCACUGAUAUGCAUGGCAAAUGUUUUGCUUGGCACAGUAACAAGUACAGACUUAGUGGUAUUCUCAGCUUCGUUGCUGAGAAGGCUGGGCAUUGUGGGCAGCUUCUUUUGUUCUGGGAGGGAAGAAAUUCUACUUUCUAUAAAGGUUAUGGAGAAAGGUCUAAUAAUGGCUUCUAAGAAGGAUCCUUGGAUUUGACCAAUUAAGUAUAAUCUGUUCCACCUUAGAGACGUCCGAGUUGUGACUGUUAUACUCAGAGAUGAUUAGGCUCAAGUAUCUGGGCUUUGGCUUAAGGUUAGGAGUCACAUAGAUAAAAGGGAAAAGUGAGGUUUGGGAAAUCUAAAAGCAGUAGUUUAAUUAAUAACACUUCUGCAUUUUUCCCAGAUUUUUUUGUACUAGUGGUGUAAGCCUGCAGUGUUUGUUUUGUUAUUUGUUUUUUAAAUAUAUGAGAAAGCUGCUUAUGCUAAUAAAACAGAACUGAAUA